AAAUUGUAAAUCUUUUGAAGACUUGGGAUUGUCUAGAAUUGCAAGGACACUGCUACUCUGAUAUUUUAGUUCGAUUUUAAGAGGACAUUAUGGGGUCACCUGACCACAAAGGACCAAUCACACUACUUCUGUUAGUCGUGUUCUCUGCAAACACAUACAGUCAGCUACAAACAGACUGUGGCAUAGAUAUAGUGAUUGCCAUAGAUACCUCGUGUAGUAUAACAGAUGAAGACAAGAACACGACCAGAGAGUUUAUAAUUGACCUUGCAAGAACCAUCAACAUUGGCCCUGGACCUACAGAAAGCCAGUUAGGUGUACUGACCUAUAACGAUGGCAUUCAACAUCAGUUCUACCUCAAUGAUGCCAAGACUAAUGACGAGGCUAUAAAGCUGGCUGAAAACAUUAACACAACACCAUUGGGAUGCAGGACCCACACUCACACAGCACUAGAGGUGAUCAGGAAUGAUUACUUUACAGCAGCUAAUGGAGACAGACCCAAUGCUGCCAACAUCGGUCUGGUGCUUACUGAUGGUAUAACAAUCCCACCACGCUUUGGCAAGAACACAAUAGCACAGGCUCAGCUUACCAAAGAUGCAGGUAUAGAAAUGUAUGUGGUGGCCCUGCCCAGUGAGUCCAAGAGAGACAGAGAUGAGUCUGAGUGGAGAGCUAUCGCUAGUGAUAAAGUAGAGGAUCAUUUCUACAAUGUUGAAUCAUUUACUGAUCUAACUAGCAUCAUUACAGAUCUUUCAGUAGCUGUAUGUGAAGAAAAAACAACUGUACAGUCAAAUAUUACGACAGCAACUACAACUGAACCCAUGACGACUGAACCUACAACUACUGAACCUACAACUGUUGAACCUACAAC